UCGAAGGCAAUCAAGUUGACGUUAGCGGAGUGAGUGAGCAGCAUAGCUACAAGAACGUAGAAGGAAUUGUGUGCUAUUCACCAUGAAAGAUGUCAACGGUUUUCUUAAACAACAACAGAGCAAUAGCUCCACGCCAGAAAUGGCGACCGAGUGGCACACUCUGGAGGAUUUGUACAACAAAAGAUUGUGGCAUCAGUUGACUCUAAAGUUAACUGACUUUGUGAAAGACCCCUGCUUCAAAACUGGAGAUGGCCUCAUACAGCUUUAUGAUAAUUUCAUUAGUGACUUCGAGCACAGAAUCAACCCACUCUCCCUGGUGGAGAUCAUCUUGUUUGUUGCCAGGCAGAUGACAGAUCCCAAGGACGCCAUCACCUUUCUUGAGAAGACCAAGGAAAAGGUGAAAAGCAGCGACGAAGCCGUCAUUCUUUGCAAGACAUCCAUUGGCAGUCUCAAACUGGAAAUCAAUGACCUUCCUGCCACAAAGAAAAUAAUUGAAGAGGUGGAGGAGAUGCUAAACAACUUGCCUGGGGUUACAACAGUGCACGGCAGAUUCUACGACCUUUCCAGCAAAUACUACCGUAUCAUUGGGAACCAUGCUUCCUACUACAAGGAUGCGUUGAGAUACUUAGGAUGUGUUGAUAUUAAAGACCUUCGUGAAACUGAGAAGCAGGAGCGAGCGUUCACCCUUGGAUUGGCUGGUCUCUUGGGAGAAGGCGUGUACAACUUUGGAGAGCUUCUGAUGCAUCCGGUGCUCGAGUCUCUGAGGAACACAGACAAGCAGUGGCUCAUUGACACGUUAUAUGCAUUCAAUGGUGGCAAUGUUGAGAAGUUCCAGGGAUUCAAGUCUGCAUGGGGACAACAGCCUGACCUUGCAGCACAUGAAGCCAAACUGAUGCAGAAGAUUCAGCUUCUCUGUGUGAUGGAGAUGACCUUCACCCGUCCUGCUAACCACCGACAGCUGACUUUCACUGAGAUCUCUCAAAGUGCCAAAAUUCCAGUCAAUGAGGUGGAGCUUCUGGUGAUGAAGGCUCUGUCGGUCGGCCUUAUAAAGGGCAACAUCGAUGAAGUGGAGCAGAAAGUACAGAUGACCUGGGUGCAGCCCAGAGUGCUGGAUCUGCAACAGAUCAAGGGAAUGAAGGAGCGGUUGGACUUCUGGUGUGGGGAUGUCAAGAACAUGGCCAUGCUGGUGGAGCAGCAAGCCCACGACAUCCUCACCUGAACUACUCAUUCUCUUCCUCCCUGCAGUUUCUUUUUUCUAACAUGUACUUUGGUUACUGUCACGGUUUGUGACAUGCUGUAAAUUACACUGUGUAUUUUACAAUUGAACACUUGGUUGUAACAAUAUAUGACGAGAAUGGACACUGUCCUAAUGAUAAUAAAACA